AUAAAACGCAGAUGACAGUCGUUGGCUAGCAUCAGUCGCUCGUGAUGAUUCGCGCGGUGAAGAUUGUCGCGGCGUUAGCCGUUUGUUUGGCAGUUGCUAAUGCAACAGGGCCGUUUCCUCGUGACAGAGGUUUAGUCUAUAGUUACUACGGAGAUGUCAAAGCGGGAAUUAUUGAACCCGCGGCGUACGCCUCUCAGUAUUCCAUAUCUGGUGAAUUCAAUGUUGAACCUAUUGAGAGUGACCGUGACGACCUGAGCUUCUUCAUGGUGGCAUUGGUGAAUGUCAGAACAGGUUUGCAUAAUGGCAUCGCUGAGCAUUAUGAACCCACCAAGGCCUCCAGGUCUCUUCCAGAGCCUGCACAAAUCCUGGAACAUCCAUUUCUCAUAGCUUACCAGGAGAACGGACAGUUGGCCGGUGUGAGAAUCUCGUCAGACGAGCCAAGAUGGUCCAGGAACAUGAAAAUGGCGAUGGCGUCGAUGCUGCAACUGGACAUGCCGAGCCUGAACUUAGAGUCCCCGAUCAAACACCACAGCUUCAUGUCCAAGGAGAAUACUAUCCACGGGGACUGCUGGACUAGCUACGAUGUCCAUCCCACUGAAGAUACCGAUGAAUUAAUUAUCACGAAAUUCGGAUCUCCAAGGAACUGCACUAAUUACAAUAUCUUCACUUUUAAUAACGCCGAGGUCGAGGCCUGCGAUCUACCUCCAGAGAGACCAGUGAAUAUGGCGAGUAGACGAGUCUUUAAAGUCAAGAAGGAUCACCAGAACAUUCUCAUCAAGUCCCUCAUAGCUCAUGGAGGUGUCAACUACUUUCCCUGGAAAGGGAGAUCCGAAGCCCAUUACGUUCUCAACAAUGCUACAUUCGUCUUGCUGAACAAGAAACCACCAGCGGGUUUCAGGCUUUCAUUCUUGAAAAAUCUUCUCAAAAUCGAAGACAUCAGUUACCUAAAGCCAGAGGGGAGUUAUUCAGAGGGCAGCGGCAUAGACGUGACUCAAGGUCGACACGUGGUCUCCGACCCCGAUAUCCUUAUUUCAAAAGCGAAAGAAAUGCUGAAAGAAGCAGCCGACUACCUCGAGGAGGAUCACCUGGAGGCAAAGGAGCCGGACUUCAAACACGGCCAGACGAUCAACAGACUAGUCCGUACGAUGAGUUUCAUGCAGGUCUCGGACCUUCGGCAAUUAUUUUCCGAUGUGAAAUCAACCGAUGGGUCAGUGAAAACCAUCUUCCUGGAGACUCUGCCAUACGUAGGGACACCCGCGGCAGUCGAAGUGAUAAAUGAACUGAUCCGUCUCGAGGAAACCGAUGUUGACCGACUAUUUGCAAUGCAGAUGCUGGCAAAAUUACCCCUGAGCGUUAGAAAUCCUACACCAGAGACUGCAUUAUUACUAGAUCCUUUCAGGACUUCCGGUCUAUCUUAUAAUGUCAGGGCAGCCGCAAUCCCGAGUUUCGGGAGUCUCCUCUUCAGGGCCUUCAAAAAUACUCCAAAAUCAGAGCAACAUAGCAUUCUCCAAGAACAGAUUGAAAUGUUCUACAAUCAGUUAGUCAACAACGAGUACAACGAGAAAGUGGCGGCUCUCGCAGGUCUGAGGAACCUCCAAGUCGGCGGAAUAUUCGAGCGUCUAGCUCCUCUCAUUCGAGGACAAAUGGAGCUCAAGCAAUUCCCUGACGCAUCCUUAAUGACAAAUCUGCGAAUGCACGCAAUCUGGGCUGUCGAGAAGUCAAUCCCGAGCUACCAGGCCGCCCACGACCUCCUCUGGCCAAUCAUGGCUGACAGCAAUCUUCCCCUGAAGCUCAGGAUCGCAGCGUACGAUGUUCUGAUCCGUCAGGCCCCAUCCAUGACUAAUAUCCUUCACAUCUACUGGUUCAUGGUGUACGAGAAGAACGAGCAUCUCUACAACUACCAUCACACCACCAUCAAAGGUCUCGCCAAUUCCGUCAAUCCUUGCGACAUGCACCUCAAGGAACUUGCAACGAAAAUUCUCCGUUUUACGAGAAUCCAUACACCGGUGUCCUACAGACUCUCCUCAUCAUUCAUGGUCAACGCCAUGGAUGAGAUCUACGGGCAUGGCGAUCAGGUCUCCCUCUCUUACACUUUGAACGAGAAUACGGGAUUCCCCGAUGUAUUGAAUAUCGAGUCCUCUGAGAUUGCAGGUCGAAAACGCGUUACGCUGUGGAAGAUACAGCUCAUUCUGCAGAAUUUCAAUCAUUACACAUCUCCGUUGACUGCUUUCAUACGAUUCGGACGAGUUCCUGUGGCUAAUGACGAUGUAGUACGGAUUCUUGAAGAAGCUGGUAGGAACUCGACGAUGGGAGAGCUAUUGAUUGACGCUGUUAUUUCGUUCAGAGGUCGAGUUGUCUUCGCCAAUCAUUACAGGGGCAGGACUAUAAUCGGGCUGUUCGAUGAUCUCGCACCGCUAGUCAAAAUUCAUCGUAACACUGCGGAAUUCAUGAGAAAAUUCGUGUCCUAUGAUGCGAUGUAUGAGCAGCAUGUGGUGAGUGAGAUGGGUCUUCCCGUUUUACUCGAGAGCAAGAUACCGAUGGUACAAUCGAUCUUUGGAAUGGAGCAACGUGAUUACAUUCUGGGUUCAGUGGUGGAAUUUGGUUACAAAGCAUGGAGGCACGGUGAUUACUCAAUGUCGAUUUACAAUCCACUGCUCGAUGUUUGGCAUUCGAUCAAAAGAGCGACAGCGACAGACGUGCAGUUCUUUUACGAAUUCACGAAUGGUAGAACCUUCAUGCCAGCUGCUUCGGAGACUAUCAUUCCGAUUCUGUCGUCGAAGAAGGAUUUCAAGCAGGGAUUGAUUACUCACGCUAAAGACUGCACGACAAUCAGCGAGGGUGACGAUGGCGCCCUGAAGAGAUCGUGCCCGACUUGCGAGUAUCAUGAGACCGUCACCAAGGGCAUCGCAGCUAAACGGAAUCACGAGGAUGUUAAUGACGUGAAGGAUAUGGGACUACAGUUCUCAACAUCCGUGUUUGAUUGUGAGACUGGGCUGACUCCAGUGGUCAUUGAUAAAGAAUUCUUCAGGUCGUUGUACAAGGAGCGGAAGAACUCCUGGGGAUACGAUUGGAGUGCCGAACUCCUUGCGCUCAGUCAGACUUUCAAGAAUCUGAUUAUCUCACCGAGAAUGGGGAGCUGUGGAUUUAUGUACAAAGUAGAGCCGAGUACUAAAUACCCGACGUCUCACUUGAAACUGUCACUUAAGGUGAAUACAGAGGAUGUGGAUGACAAUCAGAAGACUCCACACAUCCUGAGUGCAACGAAGUUCAGCCUGAGGGGGAGCUUGAAGGCAAUAGCAGUCAAUGAGAAGGAACCGAUUUGCGCGUGGCACGUUAAUAUGGAUUUGGACAUGAGUCGCGAACACAAGCAGAAUACGAUGAGUCUGCAGAUGAGUAGAUCAACACCAGGGGAGAAGAACCUAGUGAUCUGUGUUGACGCUCAAAAGACGUAUCCCAGUCUUCCCGACGAUCCCCUCAAACUAGGAGUGACGAAGGAUGAGACGUACAGCAAGCUCACUGUUGCUAUGGGUAAGGCGGAUACGACGGAAUGUCCUAGUGAUCAGACUCUCAUCACCGUCGGUGUGAAAGGCGAGUUGUCGGAGGAACAGAAGAGGAAGUUCAUUCAGGAGAGCAUCAGUGGCGACUGCAAAGCCGACAUGGACAAAUCGAUGUACAAAAAUUCAGAGGGGCUCGUACCCAGGACGGAAAAGUGUCUCGAUCACGCCAUUAGGUUCACCACACUCCGGAAGUACACCAUCAACGUGACACACGAAAAUGUACCUGAGUGCAUCACUUCGGCCCUGCAGAGCUACGAGGAUGAGAUCAAAGCCCUGCUCUACCCACACCUGAUGUACACCUCCGAGCACACUGAUCUGGGGACCAUGAGGAUGACCAUCAAGUUCCCCAUGAAUUUGGAUAGCAUGAAUAUGUCUGUUGCUACACCUGAUCAGGGAUGGGAUAUCGUUGGAGCUGAGGUAUCUGAAAAGUCUUGGCUUGGAAUGGAACGUGAUCCACCACGUCAUCAGGGCUUCGGACCCGAUCCUGAUAAACAUCUGUGGAUAAGUCCUCUGGACAACACUCGAUUCCCUUUCACUUUCAUCACGAACUACAGGAGUAACGCCAUCAGAUUAUGCUCUUUGUAUCCAGAAGUUGUCCUGACAUCCGACGGUGGAGAAAUUUCUCACUCGAUGUCUGAUGAAUGGACACUCGCUAUCGGCGACAAGUACUCCCAAUCCUUCGCGGUAUUUGUUAAGAGUGUUAACAAUAUCAUGGGACUCAAACUGUUCUUCGGAGAGCAUCUCGUUGAAUUCUCACCGAAUCGUAACGAUUACUCGAUUAAAAUCAAUAACGAGGAUUUUGCUGUCAACGAGUUGAUCAAUGGAACGUUCGUUCCUCGGGAUCAAUGGCCUUGGGUGUUUAAAUUAACUAAUUAUGGCGGAAUUACUGCUGUUCAAAUUAACGACGUUCCAAUCACGAUAUUCCAAUCGUUGAACAGCGUCACGGUUAUGAUUGAUCGUAAACUUCAGGGAAAUAUUGCCGGUCUGUGUGGAAAUUUGAAUGGCAAGUACAAAAAUCAACUCCCGGAGAUUUAUCAGAUUCCUUAGAUCUCGAUCAUUGAUCCGGGAUAAUUUUCGUACGUGCCGUUUAUUCCUGUAAGCAGUUUUAAUAGUUGAUAAUAUAGAUAUCAUGUCUAACGUAUUAAUUAA